GCAGGUCCUUAACGUUCUCAGCUGUUUUCAUUUUUCAUUGUUUUGUUAUUAAUUGGUCUCCAAUUUAUUUCUACUAAAAAUUAAGGAUUUUUUAUCGAAAUCAAUCAUGAGUGAAACUACCAAAUCUAUUCGCAUAGACUGGUUUGAUGGUACUUUAAUCGAAGAAUCCCGACCAAGCACUUCUCAGUUUGAUGAAGAAGAUAAAGAACAACAACCUUCACGCAAAUUACAAGAAUCUGAGAAGAAGCCAAUAGGCUUCAAGAGGUUGCUGGACCUUUCGUUAUUGAAUCCCCCAAUUUUGAAUUUGGAACUAUCGAACAGACCUGGAUUUUGGUUACUACUUAAUACAGAACUCAAAGGUGAUUUUAUCAUUCUCCUUGUAAAAAUAAUGGGAUAUUUAUACAAGUCAAUAGAUUCAAAUGAAAAAUCGAAAAUAGGUUUUUUAUUGAGAACUAAGUUUGAAAAAUCUGACUUCCUAAUAAAACUUAAGAAUUAUUUAUGUGGACUACCCAAGGUUAAAAUUGUUGAAAAAAGAAUGAAUAUGCAACUAUGGGAUGAUGUGGAAUCAAAUUAUUUCAAUGUUCUGAAUUUCUGUGAGUCAAUUUUUUGCUAUGGAGGUCAUACUAAGGAGUUUUUAAGGAAUUUGUAUGAUAUUGUGGAGAUGGCAGAAAUCAGUGCAAUUGGUGUUCAAGAAGAGCACAUGGAAGCCAUAAGUGAAAUAUUUUAUGAAAAAAUGCACAAGCUAAGAUCAGAGAUAUUAAAAAGUAUUAAUAAUAAUUUUGAAGAAGAAACUUUCACUGAGAAUUCUUUUAGCAAAGAUCCUAAUAGCUUCAGAAAUCUGAACAUAUUUCCAAAUAAAGAUGAUCUUCUCGGACGGAAUAAUGUUACAAUUGUACCUAGUAUUGUUAAUGGAGCAUAUACUAGUGUUGAGCAUUAUUUAGACUUGCAAUUUAAAUUGCUGAGAGAGGACUACUUUGGGCCAUUGCGUGAAGGAAUAUGUAAAUACUUAGAAACCCCCUCGAAAAGGCGGCAUGAGAAUAUAAGAGUAUACACUAAGGUCCGUGUUAUCCGGACGUAUGUCAGCAAUAACAAAGUUGGACACCUAGUUGACAUAGCAUGGGCCGAACGUAUCAGCGAUAGCUCAGUAGAUUGUAGAAAGUACGCCUACAACAAACGACUCAUGUUCGGUUCCUUACUACUUUUUACAAGUGAUAAUUUUCAAAAUAUACUAUGCGCGGCCGUUUUGGACUCGAAUUUAGAUUUGCUUAGGUCUGGUUAUAUCGCUGUGACAUUUCAAAACCCUGUAUCAAGUAAUGUGUUUUCCGAACCCUAUUUAAUGGUAGAGAGCGAAGUUUUCUUUGAACCUUAUCACAGAGUAUUAAAAGUAUUACAAAAUUCAAGAUCUGAUGAUUUGCCCAUGAAAAAAUAUAUUGUUGAUGUUCAGAAAGAAACUCAGCCACCUACAUAUCUAACACAACAAACAAUAUACAGCAUACAAAACGAGUUGAAUAAAAAUGAUGAACUGAAUUUCCCAGUUCUAGACGUAAACCAAUGGCCUAAUUCCCAAUCUUUUGGGUUAGACCAAUCCCAAUUCGAUGCCUAUAAUUUGGCCUUAACAAGAGAAUUCGCUGUAAUUCAAGGUCCGCCAGGAACUGGCAAAACGUAUCUUGGUGUCAAAAUCGCGUCCACUCUUUUAAGAAAUGUGUCCUUGGAAGGCACACCGAUGCUGAUCAUUUGCUACACGAAUCACGCCCUUGACCAAUUCCUUGAAGGCAUUUUAAAUGUUACCAAUAGCAUUGUGAGAUUAGGCAGUCAAAGCAAAAGUAAAAUCCUAGAACCCUAUAAUUUGAAUGCGCUACGUAUGAAAAUGAAAACUAAAUAUUCUUACUUAUAUGCUAAUAAACGUUCAGAACUGGAAAGGAUUUUCAAACUAAUGACAGAUGUACAAACAGAGGUAGAAAAAUGCGAGAAGGAGAUUGUUAGCUACAAAACUAUUAAAGAUUACCUUAAAAUUGGAAAAGAUAAUUGUGAGCUCAAAAUUUUUGAUGAGGAUUGUAUUUUGAGCUGGCUUUUUGGACAUUUAGACGAGAAAUCGAAGGACUUAGUGAAAGACUGCGACCAAAAUAACGAUUUAGAUGAUUGGGAGAAACAAUGCGAAGAACUUAAUGUGACAGAUACAAUAAAAACUUGUUUCUCAGAGCAAUGGGCGCUAAAAGAAAUAGAUUCAAUGCAAAGUAGUAUAAAGUAUUUGAACGAUAUAACGGACGAUCAUUUUGAAGGACAAAAAAUGACUGACAAGUUCCAAAACCAAAUUGACAGGAUUAGAAAGAGGUUGGAGUGUUUUAAGUAUUACAUGGCCAAAUCUCAUGUAACAAACAGAGAAAAUGGGAAACCUCAAGCAAAAAAUCCUUAUAGCUUGACAACAACCGAAAGGUGGAAUAUAUACUUUAACGCGAUUGAAGCUAUCAAAUGCGAUCUCAUGACAAAAAUGAAUUCAUUACUGGUGCAACACAAUACAUGCAAUGAGGAACUGAACGAAGUGUCGACACUGAUCGACAGUGAGGUUGUGAAGUCCGUGCGAGUGGUCGCGGUGACCACCACCCUCGCGGCGAGGCGGCACCAGCUCAUGAGGAAACUGGAGUGUCCUAUUGUUAUUGUUGAGGAAGCUGCCGAAGUUCUAGAAGCUCACAUAGUGGCUUCACUGACGCCCAAAUGUCAACAUCUCAUAUUAAUCGGCGACCACAAACAACUAAGGCCUUCAGCCGCGCAUUACGAGUUAGCUAAAAACUACAACCUAGACAUAUCCCUCUUCGAGAGAAUGAUAAGGAACGGCAUUCACGCUAGAACGCUGACCAUACAGCGGCGCAUGCGCACAAACUUCGUGGAGCUUCUGGUUCCGGUGAUAUACGACAGAUUGGAUAGUCACCCGAGCGUAUUGUCCUAUCCUCGAAUUAGGGGAAUGAGGGACACCCUAUUCUUUUAUACGCAUGAUGUAAUGGAAGAUUCUGAGGGUUUAGAAGACAGUUGGAGUCAUAAGAACACUCUAGAAGCCAAGUGGUGUGUUACGCUCGCCAAUUAUUUACGUAAAAUGGAAUAUGGCUCGAAGGAAAUAACCAUUCUGACCACUUAUAAUGGACAAGCGACACUUAUUAAAGAGAUAAGCAAAAACUACCCUUUGCUACAAGAUGUAAAAAUCACGGUAGUAGACAACUAUCAGGGCGAAGAGAGUAGGAUAGUGAUAUUGUCUUUGGUCAGGAGCAACAGAGACGGCAAGAUCGGCUUCCUCACUGCCCCCAAUAGAAUUUGCGUAGCGUUUUCUCGGGCUAAAGAAGGAUUCUACAUGUUCGGAAAUAUGGACGUCUUCCGAUCGGCCAGUUCGAUAUGGAGGUUCAUACACGACAAGCUGGCAGCGCAAAAUGCAAUAGGCAGAGAAGUUGUGUUGCAGUGCCCUAAACAUAUAGGCAAUAAGUUGAAUAUUAAACAUUUUGAAGAAUUGGACAAAAGUUUAGAAGGAUGCUGUUUGAGAAAUUGCAAUAAAACUUAGAAC